UUCACACUGUUUGAAGUAAGGAUUCAGCUAAACUUCAGCCGACUGGAGCGAGAGCACCUGGGGGGAAUUUGGCAGUAGCGUGACCGGGUGAAGAUGCUCUCAGCGUGGAUACACCGCGACCAGCCUCCCGCUCCCUUUCUCGGUUUAGUUGUACUCUGCGCAACCUUUGUGAUCCAUGCAGAUGGCAGCGAUUACAGCGAAGUUCUCCCGGACUCGUUUCCGUCUGCUCCGGCCGAACCAUUGCCCGAAUUCCAGAGCGAGCCAGAGGACGCCUUCAUAGUGAAAAACAGACCUGUCAAACUUUCCUGCAAGGCUGCUCCAGCCACUCAAAUAUACUUCAAAUGCAACGGAGAAUGGGUGAACCAGAAUGACCAUGUGACCAAGGAGAGUUUGGACCCUAUUACAGGUCUGGUAGUGAGAGAAGUAGAUAUCUCUGUUUCCCGGACGCAGGUAGAGGAGUUGUUUGGGCUGGAGGAUUAUUGGUGCCAGUGUGUUGCCUGGAGCUCGGCAGGCACCACAAAGAGCCGGCGGGCUUACGUCCGCAUCGCCUACCUAAGGAAGAACUUUGAGCAGGAGCCUCUUGGCAGGGAGGUGCGUCUGGAGCAGGAAGUCUUGUUGCAGUGUCGUCCACCAGAGGGCAUCCCGCCUGCUGAGGUGGACUGGCUGAAGAACGAAGAGCUCAUUGACCCGGCGCUGGAUUCUAACUUUCUAAUUACCAUCGACCAUGACCUAAUCAUCAAGCAGGCUCGACUCUCUGACACGGCUAACUACACCUGCGUGGCUCGCAAUGUGGUCGCUAAGCGACGCAGCAGCACUGCCACUCUCAUCGUCUACGUGAGUGGGGGUUGGUCAUCCUGGACAGAGUGGUCAGAGUGCAAUGCUCAAUGUGGGCGGGGCUGGCAGCGACGGACACGCAGCUGCACCAAUCCAGCACCGCUCAAUGGAGGAGCCUUCUGUGAUGGCCCACCAUUCCAAAGAGUCACCUGCACCACCCUCUGUCCAGUGGAUGGAGGCUGGACGGAGUGGGCCAAGUGGUCCGCGUGUGGGACGGAGUGCACGCACUGGCGCAGUCGUGAAUGUCAAGCGCCCCCACCGCGUAACGGAGGACGCCACUGCAGCGGCAGCAUGAUGGAGAGCAAGAACUGCACAGAGGGACUGUGUGCCCGCAAUAAAAAGGUUUCUAUUGAACAUUCAAGCCAUCCUCUUGGCUCCGGUGCUGGUGUAAUGGUGUACGCAGGGCUGGUGGGGGCUUUGCUGCUGAGCGUGAUCCUCGUGCUGUGUGUGGGCAUCCUGGUCUAUCGCCGGAGCUGCCGCCAUUUCCACGGUGAAAUCACAGAUUCGUCAUCGGCCCUUACUGCAGCCUUCCAUCCUGGCAACUACAAACCACCACGACAGGAUAAUCCACAUCUACUGCAUCCGACAGCCCCUCCUGACCUCACAGCCAGUGCCGGAACCUUUCGCGGGCCGCUUUUCGCACUGCAGCAGGCCACACUGGACUCUCAGCAUAAGAUCCCCAUGACCACGUCUCCCCUGCUGGACCCACUUCCUAGCCUGAAGAUAAAGGUGUACAACACCUCUACCAUGUCCUCCCUCGAGCUACCGUCAGGCCCGGGCUCUACUGACGGGGAGAUCAUGAGCCUGAAGACCGUGGGCUCUGGACCUAAAGACUACCGUGGGCAUACACUGCCCAGGGAGCCCAGUCACAGUGCCAGCGCCACACUGGGCUCCCUGGGUGGCCGUCUCACCAUCCCUAAUACAGGGGUGAGCCUGUUGGUUCCACCAGGGACGAUUCCUCAGGGCAAGUUCUACGAGAUGUAUCUCAUUAUAAACAAAUGGGAGAAAACAACGUUGCCAUCAGAUGGUAGUCAGACGGUAUUAAGUCCAGUGGUGAGCUGCGGACCCUCCGGCAUGCUGCUGAGCAGACCUGUAAUCCUCAGUCUGCCUCACUGUGCCCAGCUAGAGCCCCCAGACUGGACCCUCACCCUCAAAAUGCAGAACCAUCAAGGCUCCUGGGAGGAGGUGCUAACUGUGGGAGAGGAGAGUCUGUCCUCUCCCUGCUACCUACAGGUGGAGGAGCAAAGCUGCCAUAUUCUGAUGGAGCAGCUGGGAACGUAUGGUCUGGUGGGACAGUCGGCUCCCCCUCGACCAGCCUGUAAGAGACUGCAGUUGGCCCUCUUUGCUCCUCGGGCCCCGUGCCUCUCAUUGGACUACAGCCUGAGGGUCUACUGUAUACAGGACACACCACAUGCCCUUAAGGAAGUAUUAGAAGUUGAGCGAAGUCUGGGAGGGGUUUUACUAGAGGAUCCCAAACCCCUCCUCUUUAAGGACAGUUACCACAACCUGCGGCUAUCAAUUCAUGACAUUCCUCAUUCACAUUGGAGGAGUAAACUCCUGGCUAAGUAUCAGGAAAUCCCAUUCUAUCACAUUUGGAGUGGGAGUCAGCGGCCGUUGCAUUGCACCUUCAGUCUGGAGAGAGGAAGCCUGGUGGUUUCCCAGCUCACCUGCAAGAUCUGUGUCAGACAGGUGGAGGGCGAGGGACAGAUAUUCCAGCUUAACACCGACAUCCAAGAGACCUUGCCUCCCCACUCUCCAUUGCCAGCAGGCGGUUCGUGUCUGCCUUCAUCUCAAGUGGGCCCAUAUGCUUUCCGACUGCCCGUAUCCAUACGCCAGAAAAUUUGUGCCAGUCUGGAUGCCCCCAGCGCACGCGGUUGCGACUGGAGAAUGCUGGCUCGCAGCCUGGGCUUUGACAGGUAUCUGAACUACUUUGCAACCAAACCCAGCCCCACAGGUGUGCUGCUAGACCUUUGGGAAGCUUGUCACCAGGGUGACGCAGACCUGGUCUCCUUGGCGACAGCUCUUGAAGAGAUGGGCAAGAGUGAGGUCUUGGUUGUCAUGACGACGGAUGGAGAUUGCUGAUCGGCCAAUCAAAAAAGUGUGAAAAGGGACAUGUUCGCCACUAAAAACCUAGAAUUAAUGCAAGCGGAUGGAAACUGCACUCCAGUGCAUCGUUACAACUUGCCUUUUACCUCAGUUCCUUUGUGCUCAUGCAAGGAUUGAAUAUUCCAAGGAUUGCAAAGCGUAUGAGCUGUGGUCAGGCGCUCUGGAUGAUCUUUGAAUAAAACAUAUCUAAAUGUAGCAAAUGAGAUGAUGCUGCAAUCACAAAACAGAGAUGUUGUUUGAAAAAGAAGUCAGUUCUUUGGUGCAUUUGCUGGUAUCAGCUCAUGAUUAAAUGAUAGUUGCAUCAUACUGAUACACACUGCUACACAUAGCAAGUGUGAAAGUAUGAAGUAUCUAACGCCAUUGCACAUCGAGCAGCUGGCUUUGUUUCCUAGCGACCGCUAGAUGCUUAAAGACACUGAGAUUCUGUGUCCGGUAAAACAGCAGUGCGCCAAGCUCCUCAGGAAACGUGCUCGCAUACAAAUAAACAAGAGUAAAGGUGGAAAAAAGGCAGAUAUUAAAAAGGAGCUAUAAUCAUCUGCACUAAAAUCAGCUUUCAUAACGAUUUCACUUGAAACAAACCACAUGCUUCGGAGAGUUGCUUCACUUUUACUUUAGUUUGAAGCAUCAUUUUCUGUGUCUUUUGAAAUAGCGUACAGGAAUGGAUUUGUGCGUUCUCGUUAGCAGAGGACCAAUCUUUUUCUUUCUCUGAUCAUACUGCCAUUAGCCUCCGUUAUCUCUCUUUUUUAUAUUCAGUCGAUCAUUUCUAAUGCAGGAGAGCUUUCUGGUAAACUCAUAUUAGUUUCCUAUAGGGAACGGACUUUUUAAAGUUAUUAUCCCUAUUUGCGGAUCACUGUUUUUCACUCUUCUGUUCGUAACUGCCGUUAUGUUCUUUUUUUUAAAACUGCUGCAAUGUUGCAUUCAUCUCUGACUGAAAAGAGGCACGAUAGCAGUUAAACCUUGCAUUUAAAGGUUUUUGUGAUGUACCUCACAAGUAAGAGCUGACUUUUUUUGGUCAUUGAAACUGAGAUGGAGUGAAAUUGAAAUGUUACGCUGAGGUUAAAUAUGGUUUGAUCCUUCUUGGGAAAGCGUACUGCAAAUAUGCUGCACUGGUUAAAGAGUAUGAAAUUGUGCGGAUGGCAGAAAGCCGUUUUCAGGUUUUGAUGCCAGUCAGUCGUGCUGUUUAAAUUAUAAAUAGUAGCCUUGAAAGGUGGCGUAAGUGCUCUGUUGAUUGCAGUAUGACCCACUUGCUCUUUAUUGUCUGUUUUGACUUUCGGGGUUUAAUGGGUUUCCCUUGAGUAAGCCUGAAAGCCAUGUACUACUUAUUAUCAGAAGUCAUAUAAUCGUUUGAAGUGGAUGCGGGUCCAUUUCUUUUAUUUUUCUUGACCUUUUCUUCACAAGUGUUCAAAUGUCUGGCAACAAAACAAAACAAAAAGGAAAUGUGCAGUAUCUGUCCAUGCCUGUAAAGGUGUGAAUUAAAUAACCAAGAUGUGUGUGUGUGUGUGUGUGAGAGAGAGAGAGGUGGAAAAAUACAGUGUGACAGAGCUUGUUUGCACCAACCUAUCAGUCAGUGCUACAGUGUAUAUGAAUGAACAGGCUUCAUCAUAUCUGUUGUCCCCUUUUCCCAUUAUAAGUACUAUGCAAGUGCACAACAAAAAGUGAAUCUGUGGACGUCUUGAUGUCUCUUGUAUGAAGUAUGUGGAAUGGGAAUCUUGUUACUGUCCCUCUUUUGAUCACUGCUGUAUCUAAGCUGGGGAAACUGGACCUCUUAGGCCUCUCAGCCGUAAUAAAUGCAAACAAAAUGACUGUAAUUGGGGGUCAGGGAUCCGUGACCUCUGUGCCGUUCUCCUCAUUUGUUUAGGAAGCUUUUGGGAUGUCACUGUCUUGCGCCCUCACAAUGAACAACGAGAAGUUUGUUCGGAGGAUUUUUUUUAACCCUCUACAUGACGAAGACAGUAAAUAACAUUGAAAUUGUGAACUCUGAAGCUUUUAAAUGGCUCUGAAAUGUCUCCAGUCAUCUCUCAGUCGAUGUAACACGAAAACGCCUUUGAGCCUUUCACGUGUGAAGCUUAAUGGGCUUUGCUUUUCUCUGGAUGGUAGUUGCUGUUCAUGGAUUCUUAAGUGUGGCUGAACCUUUUUUUUUGUUUUGUUCAGAUGUUAUUUUAUAUCAAAGAAGGUACACAAGAAGUCAGGAGUCUUUUUCGAGUCUUCAUGUAAUGCUGUAAAGUAAUACUGUACAUAAAUGUUUAGACUUCUUACUGUAACUAAAUAUAAUUUUUAUGCAAUAAAUUAUAUUUCCUAGUUUAACAAG